AUGAAAUUUGGUGCUGUAGACUAAUUCUUAAAUGAAAAAAAUACUCAGGUUUAAUCACUUCAGUUAUUCUUUAAAUAAAAAAUCGUAAGUGCCUAAAUUGCUAAAUAGAUAACUAAUAAAUUAUAAUAAUUCAGAUAUCUCAAAUAUUUAGAAGUAGAUAUAUCAGAGAAUCCUUAACUUUGUUAUUAUGGUUUAUCUUAGUUUGGAGAUUCUAUUAAACUAUAAAUGAACCUUACAACUUUAGAACUUAAUAUGAAAAAUGGCUUUACGAACUCAUAUUAAGUUAUUGAAUUUUUAAAUCAAGUAAAAUAAUGCGCUUCUAUAACAACUAUGACUCUUAAUCUCAGAGCGAAUUUUAUAAGUGAAGAUGUAAAAGACUUAGCAUUUGUAAUAUCUCAGUUUUAAAACCUUAAAACCUUAAAAUUAGAUUUAUCGUAAAAUUAAUUAUUGAAUUUAAAUGCAUUAAUUUACUUUAACUGA